AACUUAGAAUGCUGGCCAUAAUAGGGUGAUAUACACUAUACUUUCUGUAUUAGAUACCUUUGUUCUUAUGAAUAAACAAAUUUUUAAUUAAUUUUUUUUGGAAUUUUAGCACAGACCGGCCUAAGUGGAUUAUUUCCAAAGGUCUAAUGACUGGUUUCUUAUUUAACAGAAAAUAUUUUCAGUGGCAUGCUAAAAAAUCUGAUAAAGGAAUGUCUCCAUGGUCGUAUCACAUAUGAUCGUUUUAGAUCAUGUCGUCAGUUUUUCCAUUAUUUAUAUAUAUUUUGUAUAUAUAUUCUUUUGUAAAACAAAUGCAAAAUGAAUUUCAAACUUUAUCAAAAAAAAAAUUAAGUCAGUUUUUGAAGCGAACUCUGAAGCGAAUUGUUUCCCUGAAGCAAUAAAAAGCUAUUUUUAGACAUCCGGUUCUCACUUUCAUCAGCUGUCCGAAAAAAUUCACAAGUUUACUUUUUAAUGUUGAAAUAAUACAAAUUGAAAUAAUUAGUUUUGAAAUAAUGGUGAAGACGGUUUCCUAGGAAGUGAUUGAGUACUGGUUUUUCAAAUUUAUUAAUGCUAUAGGUGCUACAUAAUACAAAUUUCUGUAAACUUCUUCUAACUCUUGUGUUUCAUUUUGUAUAUUUAUAUAGGAAAAUUAUUUUAUCAUGGUUCAUAUUGAAGAAGUACACAAUGAUGAAGAAAUUCCAGGAUCAAAACAAGAAGAAGAAAACGAAAUAAAUAAUUAUGAGGAAAAUAAAGAAGAUUCUGGUAACGAAGACAUACACACAGAAGAAUCUGGAUCACAGAUGUCUGAUUCCAUUGAGGAUGAAAUCGAUUUCAGCAAACCAACUCCCAAGAAUUUGCUACUAGAAAAAAUAAAAAAAUUUAAGCCAAUGAGAGUGAAGCCUCGCAAAACUGUAUCUUUUGAUGAAUGUGGCAGCUGUGAAGAAAGUGAUGAUAGUGGUGAAGACAUGUUGAGAGAAGAAGUAUCUGUUGACGAGAAGAAAAAGAAAAAAAAGGGUAAGGAGGAGAACCUGACCAGUAAGAGAGCUGUGGCUUUGUUUAUGAUAUUCCCAAUGUUAGUUACGGGUGCCGUGAUGGUUUAUGAAAUGCUUGGCCGUUUUAAGUUUGAGAAAUCAGCAAUGCAGUUUACAGCCUGUAUCGGUGGAGCUUUAAUUGCGUUGUUCUUUAUGUCAAAAGUUGAAUCAUUGCGUUCUGCAGUUAAGUUUGUAUUAUGUUUUGCAUGGGUUAUUUUCCUUAUACCAACAUAUCAAGUUUAUAGUUGUUCUCCUAUACCCUUGAAAAAUGACAUGUUGGGAACAUGGUUUAGUUUAAAGACGGAUACUGGAAAGUUCCUUGAAAGCUCCUAUAUCACAUGUGAGUGUUUUCGUUCUUUAAAAUUUCACACGCCAUACAAACUGUCAAUGAUGGCCCCAAAAAUCGAAUUAAAAGCUGAUAUAUCUGCACUGAUUAAUUUAAACAUGGACAAGGAAAUACCUGAUGAUGACGCAUCUCAAAGCUUGAGUUACUUCUUGCUUGUUUCAAAGAGAAGUGUAAAAAAGAAGUUCCAUAAAUUGUAUUUCCUAUUGGAAGCUGCUCCUAAGUUAGCCGAUACACUAAAGAGAUCGAUAACAUUGACAACAGCAGAAAAAGACAAGUACUUGUUGCGUUUAACUGGAACAGUAUCAGAUAUUGAGGACUCUCUGCAACCAAUGAAAAAUGAGCUAGAGAGUAUGACUUACCUAAUUCGACCAAUAAAAUUUAAAGUUCAUUCAGUGCAAUAUGUUGAUCGUUAUGUUAAGUUAAAAUCUGUUAACGAUGAAAGCCUGUACUAAUUUUUUAGUAGUUUAACAUACAUGCUUAAUUUUAUUAAUGUUUAUAAACAUAUAAAAAUAUCAGUGUUUUUAGGUGUUGUUUUGUUUUUUUAUCAACUACUUAUAGAUAAAUAUUACGAUUUCAAGUGCUUACUCUACGAAUCUCUGAACUCUCUUUACAUGCUUUAUAUAUAUAGUAAAAUAAUUUUAUGUUGUUGUGCGUAGACUAGCUGUAUUAUGCACAUUUCAUGUAUUAUGUCCGGGUUUAAUUAGAAAUAUAAAGUCAGCUCGCAAAAAUUUGCAAUGUUUAAUAUUCAUUUUGAUAUUUUGAUAUUUUGAUGCAACCACAUAAGAAAAUGCGAAAGGCAAUUGUUUUUUUUACCUAGCCUACAUUUGUGGAAGUUCACAGCAGGCCAGUUGACACAGUUUGUUUCAACAGUUUAAAAUAAGGAGACAAGUAUGCCUGUUACAAUCAUUAAGAUGAUGCAGUAUAUUGGAAAUAUGACUGGAAACCCAGGCCUAUCAAUAAGGGAAGAGUGGUAGCUUUUGCUCCUGCAAAGAAUCACCCAAUUCUGAGAAAUGAGAAACUAGCUGAGCCAUUAUUUCCUUCUCCAAUUCUGAAAAAAAAUUGUCUGGCUAAGCAAUAUCAAUUCAUCUCACAUAAAAAUCAAUGUUAUCCUUUUUAUUAUUUUCAGUAAAAAAUAACCAAAAUAUAUUAUGAAAAAGACAUUAAUUUAGACUGGGCGAGCAAUCUGAAUGACUAGAAUAAGUUCAUAAACAUAUAUUUUAUUACAAAAUCUUUUUUAUCUUUUUUGUCAAUGAUAAAAUAGAUAAAAAAUAUAAACAAGAUUUUGUAUUAAAAUAUGCGUUUAAUUGCUCGCCCAGUCUAAAUUAAUGUAACCUUUGGGGAGCGAUCAUUGCUUUGGUUUUAUUUUCUUAUUGAUAGGCUUGGAAUUUAGGUUGCUUAUUGAACAACAGACAGUGCUGUCUAAAGCCCACUUCUGCUUAUCCUUAUUUCAUGUAUCCCUAGCAUUUCUAUAAAACUGCACAGAGACAAAAUAUGUCAGGCCUGGAAAUUUGGCGGAAACAAUCGUUUUGUUUCUGCGACGUUUCCACAAAUUAAUAAAAACGGUAACGAUAAAUUGUUUCCCCUGGUCAAUAUUUUAAAUUAUAAUAAUUUUAUAUUAUAAUAUAUAUAUGUUUAUAAUAUAAUGUUUUACUACUAUGGAGUAGGUCUUUUCACUAAAUAGGGCGAUUAUGAAAUGCUUCUCCACUUAUUUAUCGGUUUAAAGCUAAUCGUUACCGUUGUUAACGUAUCGUUUCCACAAGGUCUACUUUGCGGAAACGGAAAAAACGUUUUGAUCGUUUUCGUCAGCUUCGAAUCACGGUAACGAUGGAUCGUUUCCCUACACUCCACAAAUUUCCAGGCCUGUAUGUGUACUAAUAUAAGAUACUAUUUUUUAAAAAAUAACAAAAAUUGUUUCCAAUAAUAAUAAUUUGCAUACUAUAGUAUUUAAAUAAUAAUAAAUAUAAAAAAUAUAUACAGGAAGUUAGUAUGCCAUCAUCAAAAAGAAAAUUAAAAGAGGAGGAUGAAAAGAAGAAGUAUAAAUCGCAUCGUAAAAAAGAACAUCACAAAAGAGAACACAAGAGUAGUCACCAGGUAAU